CUGGAGCUGGCGCGGCCGUCCCCUCCCCCACCCCUGCCGCGGGAGGGGAACCGGCAGCCGUGGCUGCUGGGGCCGACGGGGUGGGUCGUCGUCAUGGAAUACCCGUGGGAUGAUCUGACCCUGGCCUUCUCCCGCACAUCCAUGUUCCCCUUUUUUGACGUCGCCCACUACCUGGUGUCGGUGAUGGCGCUGAGGCAGCGGCCAGGAGCCGCGGCAGUGGCGUGGAGCAAUCCCGUGUCCAGCUGGUUGAGUGCUAUGCUCCACUGCUUUGGUGGAGGAAUUUUGUCCUGUGUACUGCUUGCAGAGCCUCCAGUGAAGUUCCUUACAAACCACACGAAUAUUUUACUGGCUUCUUCAAUCUGGUAUAUUGUAUUUUUUUGCCCACGUGACCUAGUUUCCCAGGGCUAUUCAUAUCUACCUAUUCAGCUCCUGGCUGCGGGAAUGAAGGAAGUGACCAGAACUUGGAAAAUAGUAGGUGGAGUCACACAUGCUAAUAGCUAUUACAAAAAUGGCUGGAUAGUCAUGAUAGCUAUUGGAUGGGCCCGAGGUGCAGGGGGUGUUAUUGUCACAUCUUGUGAACAGUUGCUAAAAGGAGAUUGGAAACCAAAAGGUGAUGAGUGGCUGAAGAUGUCCUUCCCCUCCAAGGUGACGCUGCUGGGGUCAAUCAUCUUCACUUUCCAGCAGACCAAGCAUCUGGCAGUGUCAAAGCAUGAUCUCAUGUUCCUUUACACCUUCUUUCUCGUGACCAUAAAGGUAACUAUGAUGGUGACAAAGGAUUCCACUGUGACUCUUGCUCCCUUUGAGGAUACCUUGAGCCGGAUGCUGUUUGGCUGGCAGCAGCAGUUUUCAAUGAGUGAAAAGCAAACGGAAUCAAAACCGUCUUCCAAUGGUACUACCUCGUCAGCAUCCAAGCCCACCAUAGAGGAUCUGGAUGAUGCUAAGAGGCUUGCCAAGAAAGAAGACUGACGAUUUUGCCUGAGCUUAGGAGGCAAACGGGGAAGAGUUACUUAUCUGAGUUAGAGUGUGGUCGUGUUUCUACGUAAAUGACGUGAUGUAGGCUUCUCUGGGAGGAUAGGGGAGACAGGAAGGAAGAGAUGCUUUGCUUCAGGUACACCGCUCUGUCGAUAGUAACUCUUGGGGUCACGAGUGUAUCAUGUGAAUUUAUUUUUCUGGUGUAAGAGAUUCUCAUAAUUAUUUGAAUAGUUUUAUAUAGAUAAAACGAUACUUUUUUAAAUGGUAGAAAACUUUUGUUCACUUGUUACUACAAAAUUCUAAGACUUUCACACUUAUAAAAUUCAGUAUUUUUGUCACUUUUUGAAUGAUUCUAAUUGUGUUUUAAUUCUGUAGAAUUAAACUUUUACUUUAUAUUUCCAGUAUAAUUCCUGUAUAUAGAGGACAGUUCCUAUUUAAAUUUGAACAUGGAGAACUUUUGCUAACUAAUUUUUAACUGAAAAUAAACCGAUAGUGUAUAUUUGGUGUAUACAUUUGUUUUUAUAUAUCUUACUCACAUUAAAAAUACCUGAAAUUUAAUUUAUUUUAAAGUAUUAUUUUUCAGUGAGACCACACUGUUAAUUUGAGUCUCAGUUUGAAGUUUUUUCAUGCUCUUGUUUUAAGAACUACUUUCUCCUCAGGAAAGCAGGGUUACAAUUUGUGUGUAUCUUUCUUUUUGCAACAACAGUCUCACUCUGUAGCCUAGACUGGCCUCAAUCUCCUCCUACCUCGGCCUCCCAAGUGCUGGGAUUAUGAGCACAGGCCACCAUGCCAGGCCAGGGUGUCAAAUGUCCUAUGUUCCUCCUGACUCAGUUGGUCUGAAUAUGCAUGUCUCAGUGACUUCAAUAAAAAGUAUUGUCAUGGCUGACAAUGUCUCCUGCCCCUCUCUUCUGUGACCACUGCUUCAGGUGUUCACUUGACUGUCUGUUGUGGGUUUGCACAUGGUGUUUUUGUUGAAUCGACAUGGACACGUAUUGCUAGUUUUAUCUUCAGUGAAAACCACUUUUAUGUGAACAUGCUCAUCUCCCAUGAGAACUGCCUGUGCACAUUUGAUUUCAACCACAGAACCUAACCUCACAUGCUAGACUACUUGAAUGAAGUAAUACAACAUGAAAUCUGGUUUCUCAUCGACAAAAUAAAAAGAAAACAAGAAAAUGUAUUAUAUGAUAGAUUUAUUUGCUUUAUUUGGUGUUAAAGUCCUGUUAUAACAUUACACUUCUGUGGUCUGACUUUUUAUACCAAGAAUAGGAACCUGUCACCUAUAUUCGGUAUUUCUGAUUGGCUAAGAAACACUUAAAUGAUAUUCAAGAUGUAAAGUUUUCCUUUUUAAUUUUUAACAAAUAUGCACACUAGCAGGCUCUAUACUUUUACUUGCUUAAGAAAAAGAUUUUGGUUGGGGCACUUUUGAUAACCUUGGUAUUAGAAAAUGUUUAUUUUUAAUAUUGUGACAGAAAGCACAGAAUUGAAUUCUGCAUUAUAUAUUUGAUAAUCUGUAGUCAGGAACCUUGCAAAAUGAACAUGUUAUUAUUGGUCGGUUCUGAAGUUUGAAUUUAGCUGUAGUUAAAACAGUAAGAAUCUUGUUUUACAUUUGUGUUAAAAAACAAAUUCAUUAAAAUAAGUACUUUCGCACUA